AUGGAUCAUCCAACUUUCAGGAAGAAGACGGUGGCCCCUAAGCCUGCUUGUCCAGCCUCCAACUUGAGUCCUUUUUGGGCUGCUCCGUCCUCCUCGAGGUCGUCUGAGGAGCCUUUGGAUGAGGAGCUGGUCAAGGCGCUCGUAGACUUGGAGAAAUGUGAGUACAAAGUCAAGUUGUAUUCAGCCUCAGAUGUACAGGCCCCUCUCUCGCUCCUCCCUCCACCUCCAUCUGCCUCCACCUCAGCACCACAUCCUGGAGCUGGUGACUCUCCUGUCCGGGAUGAAUCCACAGACGAGGAGCUGCCGGAGGCCACGCCGGACGAAGGGGACGGUCCAGCCUUCCUCCCUUCCACACCCCCUGCUCCUGGUCGUCUUGCCACCUUCCUCCCUUCCACACACACCGCUCACGUUGUCACCUCCCUCCCUCCCACACCCCCUGCAGCUGUUCGUGGUGCCGUAGAGUUGCUGCCUAAGUCCUGGCGGGCAGCUCUCUCUGCCGAGCAGCAGCAGUGGAUCAGUCGGGUGCUGUUUACCAGGGACAGCUCGGGGAGGUCUCGCCUCAUCAGCGACUUGAAUCUCUGGUGGUCACCUCCCCAAACCCGGCCGGUCUACAGCCAGCCUCCCGCAUCCCCCGAUCUCUUCUUUGCAUGUCGGCUGUUCCUCUGGAUGCCACACCGGAUUUGGCAUCAGCAGCUGACAUGCCCCCAGCCUUUGUGCACUGGGUCCAUGACAAAGGCUGGGUUGUACAGGACCAUCCGGAGGGUCCUGGACAUCGACGGCUGGUACCUCAUGGCCACCGAGUACCUGGAGUGCCGUCGGUGUAAGAAGAAGGUCGGAGGGUGGUCGCAGGGCAUCAUCCGGCAGCUGGCCCCCCAGUACAGCUGCCAGUUCCCAGCUGUACUCACGUACAAGCUGUCCUGUGACUUGAGGGUGGUUGUACAGCUGAGGUCUCGCACUCUGGGCAACAGUGCGAGUCGGCUGUACAACACCCUGCGCGAGCAGCACUCGGAGACCUGGAUGCGGAGAGCGAUCCAGUACCUCGGCGUGUGCGAGCAGUUCCUGGCCUUGUACUCGGCGAGGGGGCAGACACCACCACCACCACCCGAGAUGCCCCCUGUACCAACACCCGUGUGGCUGAUGACGGUCUUCACCUACGAUGUGCUGUCGCGGCUGGAUGAGUACAAGGCCAAGAUCACUUCCACCUUCGGGUCCAUCUUAAAGAUGGAUUCCACCAAGAAGGUGACGAAGAAGCUCGCUGGUGCCGCUUCUGACACGGCCACCUGCGUUACCAACGUCGGUAACGAGCAUGGGCAGGUCCUCAUGAGCGUCCUCACCUGCUCCGAGGGCGCCGGGGGCCUGUCCAGGAUGGCGACCGGCUUAAUGAGGCGGUACCGACUCGCCGGGGAGUGGGAGCAGCUCGUGGUGAGACUCAGCAUCUGCCAGCUGAUGCGACGCUUCGCAUCAGGUGUCACCACUGAGGCCCACGAGCUGUACCCCACUUUCAUGGGGCAGCUGUCUCGCUGCAUCUUCGAGGUCGACCCUGAAGAUGCCCGCCGUCUCACCGAGGCUAAGCGGUCCGAGCUGGAGGAGAAGCGCGGGAUUGUUGGCCUGACUGACGCCGAGGUGAUCGAGGAGAUCUCCAAACGGGAAUGGAGGCUCCACUGUCGGAGGAGGACACGUGGGGCAGAGGUGUCGACCCUCCUCAUACAGGAUCUCCUCGAUACCUUCGGCGGACCAGCAGGACGCAACAGCCUGGACAUCCCGUUGCUCGACGCUCUCUGCAUGCAGGACAUAUGGAGUACGCAGAGGCCCCAUCUCAGCUGCAUCCAGGACCCACCAGGGGUGCAGCUGUACACCCAGACCGGCAGGCUGACCAAGGGCGGAGUCAUCCUGCCGGUUUAUCGCUGCGCGAGGGGCUCCACAUCGUUGGAGUCCUUCCACCUCCACCUCAACCGGUUCAUCCCAGGGACGCGAGCCAGCGGGAUACAUUUCCAGGCGUUCCUGGUCGAUGGACUGGUGAGGUGGAACGAGGACCGCGCAACGGCGGCUUCACCGCCACCGGUUGCAGCUGAGGGUAAGGUGGGACGUCUGCACUCCUACAGUGGGCACCUCAAGCACGUCCUUAAUCAGAAGAGCCAAAGGGUGCUUGGUCGUCAACCGGUUAAGGACUUCACCAAGCCUGCUGAGUACACGGGAGAGCUCAUCGGAGUCGAGUACCUGUACCAGCAGACUGGGAAAGUGCUUGAGGACGUCAGCUUGGACCCUGACACUCCGGACGAGGCUGCUGCUGCCAUCAAGUCGCUGGCAGAAGAGGAGGAUGAGGGUGAAGAUGUGGAGGACCCCACCAUCUUCCAGCACGAUACCCCAUCCACCAGCGCAGCAGCAGCCCGGUCAGGUGAUCCAGCUGACGUACCGUCUGAGCCAUCCGGGCCAGGACCCUCAUCCGGGGGGCUCGCCCAUCCCCCCCCUCACCCCCACCUUUACCCUGUUCUUGCUCCUGCCGGUCAGCCUCCUCUUCCUGGACCAUCCAUAUCCCGGACCACAGCCUACAUGAAGAGGAAGGCAGCCGAGGCUGCUGCUGCCGGCCAGGGGCCACAGCCCAGGGCCAAAACCCAACGACAAUAUAACCACUUGUGCAGGAAGUGUGGCCAGGCCAGAAGGAUUGAAACUGGCCACACUCACCUUUAUGGGGUCUACUACUGCGCGACGGCCGGCGGGAAGACUGUGGAGGAGUGGAAGGAGGAGAUGCGGGAAAAACAUAAGGGGGGACGAUGA